AUCGGCGACUCUGCUCAGCCUGAGCCGGGGGCUUUGCUGCGGCGGCUGCGGUCGCGGCGGCGGAGCGGGCGAGAGGUUAAUUCUCAAGCCACGUCAUUUUCUCUCCUGCCUCAGAUUGGAGUGAACUACCAUCGCCACCAUGGGGGAGCUUUUCCGGAGUGAGGAGAUGACUCUGGCCCAGCUAUUUCUCCAGUCCGAAGCUGCUUAUUGCUGUGUCAGUGAAUUAGGAGAACUUGGAAAGGUUCAGUUCCGGGAUUUAAAUCCAGAUGUGAAUGUUUUCCAGAGGAAAUUUGUGAAUGAAGUUAGAAGAUGUGAAGAAAUGGAUCGAAAACUCCGAUUUGUUGAGAAAGAGAUAAGGAAAGCUAACAUCCCAAUUAUGGACACUGGUGAAAACCCAGAGGUGCCCUUCCCCCGGGACAUGAUCGACUUAGAGGCCAAUUUCGAGAAGAUUGAAAAUGAACUGAAAGAAAUCAACACUAACCAGGAAGCUCUGAAGAGAAACUUCCUGGAACUGACUGAAUUAAAGUUUAUACUGCGCAAAACUCAGCAGUUUUUCGAUGAGAUGGCGGAUCCAGACCUGUUGGAAGAGUCCUCAUCACUCUUGGAGCCAAACGAGAUGGGAAGAGGCGCGCCUUUACGACUUGGCUUCGUGGCUGGUGUGAUUAACCGGGAGCGGAUCCCCACCUUUGAGCGCAUGCUUUGGCGAGUGUGCCGAGGGAAUGUGUUCCUGAGACAGGCUGAAAUCGAAAACCCGCUGGAGGAUCCUGUGACUGGCGACUACGUGCACAAGUCCGUGUUCAUCAUUUUUUUCCAAGGUGAUCAGCUGAAAAACAGAGUCAAGAAAAUCUGUGAAGGGUUCCGAGCCUCCCUCUAUCCUUGUCCUGAGACUCCACAGGAGAGGAAAGAAAUGGCUUCCGGAGUCAAUACCAGGAUCGACGAUCUCCAAAUGGUUCUGAAUCAGACGGAGGACCACCGCCAGAGGGUUCUGCAGGCGGCUGCUAAGAACAUCCGGGUCUGGUUCAUCAAGGUGCGGAAGAUGAAGGCUAUCUACCAUACCCUGAACCUGUGCAAUAUAGAUGUGACCCAGAAGUGCCUGAUCGCAGAAGUCUGGUGCCCUGUCACUGACCUGGACUCCAUCCAGUUUGCACUUCGAAGAGGCACGGAACACAGUGGGUCCACUGUCCCCUCCAUUCUGAACAGGAUGCAGACAAACCAGACACCCCCGACAUAUAACAAAACCAACAAGUUCACACAUGGCUUCCAGAACAUAGUAGAUGCUUAUGGGAUCGGCACUUACCGAGAGAUUAACCCAGCUCCAUACACCGUCAUCACCUUCCCCUUUCUGUUUGCUGUGAUGUUCGGAGAUUUUGGGCACGGCAUUUUGAUGACGCUGUUUGCUGUGUGGAUGGUGUUGAGGGAGAGCCGGAUCCUCUCCCAGAAGAACGAGAAUGAGAUGUUUAGCAUGGUGUUCAGCGGCCGAUACAUUAUUCUUCUGAUGGGACUGUUCUCCAUCUAUACUGGACUCAUCUACAAUGACUGUUUUUCCAAGUCUCUGAAUAUCUUUGGGUCAUCAUGGAGUGUACGGCCAAUGUUCACUCUAGGGAACUGGACGGAAGAGACGCUUCUGGGGAGUUCUGUUCUCCAGUUGAACCCAGCUAUCCCUGGAGUUUUUGGUGGCCCGUAUCCAUUUGGCAUUGAUCCGAUUUGGAACAUUGCAACCAACAAGCUGACCUUCCUCAACUCCUUCAAGAUGAAGAUGUCUGUUAUUCUUGGGAUCACCCACAUGCUGUUUGGAGUCAGCCUGAGCCUUUUCAACCAUAUCUAUUUCAAGAAGCCCCUGAACAUCUACUUUGGCUUUAUUCCUGAGAUAAUCUUCAUGUCCUCGUUGUUUGGCUACCUGGUCAUCCUUAUCUUUUACAAGUGGACAGCCUACGAUGCCCACUCGUCUAGGAAUGCCCCAAGCCUCCUGAUCCAUUUCAUAAACAUGUUCCUCUUCUCCUACCCAGAGUCUGGUGAUGCAAUGCUGUAUUCUGGACAGAAAGGAAUUCAGUGCUUCCUUAUAGUGGUGGCGAUGCUCUGUGUCCCUUGGAUGCUGCUGUUCAAGCCGCUGAUCCUUCGCCAUCAGUACCUGAGGAAGAAGCAUCUGGAAGGGCAACCCGUGGAGGCCCCAGUCACACCAACCCCGAGCCAACAGGGACUAGAGGCAGCACCGGCUGCAACAGGAACUCUCAACUUUGGUGGGAUCAGGGUGGGCAACGGACCGACAGAGGAGGAUGCUGAAAUUAUUCAGCAUGACCAGCUCUCCACCCAUUCCGAGGACGCAGAAGAGCCUACCGAGGACGAAGUGUUUGACUUUGGCGACACCAUGGUCCACCAGGCCAUCCACACCAUUGAGUUCUGCCUGGGCUGCAUCUCCAACACUGCAUCGUACCUGCGGCUCUGGGCCCUCAGCCUGGCCCAUGCACAGCUCUCGGAAGUACUUUGGACCAUGGUGAUCCACAUCGGCCUGCACGUCCGGAGUUUGGCCGGGGGUCUCGGGCUGUUUUUCAUCUUCGCCGCCUUUGCCACUCUGACCGUGGCCAUCCUGCUGAUCAUGGAGGGCCUCUCAGCCUUCCUCCACGCGUUGCGGUUACACUGGGUGGAAUUCCAGAAUAAAUUCUACACCGGGACUGGCUUCAAGUUCUUCCCCUUCUCCUUUGAGCAUAUUCGGGAAGGAAAGUUUGAUGAGUGAGUCCCAGGCAGGGUGCAUGCCCAGAGCAGCUCUCCUGCCCGCCUCCGCAGUGAUUGUCUGUAUCUCUCUUGCCUGCUGGUCGUGAUCCCUGGAUACCUGGGCAUGCAUUUGUGUUGCCCUGCAACCCCCUGUCCCCGCUGUGACUCACUUAGGUAGUGCUGGCCUUCCCUGGGUCUCUCUACCCCAAGCCUUGUGUGUAACAUACAGACUUUCACUUGAGAGCUGAAUGACUGUGCCGAGUACCCACCCAUUCCCACGGCACCAGCUUGGCCUCCUGGCCUCCAGACAGACAGCCCUGUUCCACCCCUACUAGUGAGCCAACCUGCACGGCCACAUGGGGUCACAGAACCCUCAGGAUGCAAGGGGUCCCUAUUCAGUCUUCUUGGUCAGACCUUGGAGGAGGAUGGCAAUCUGUUCUCUCCUAGAUGGGGACAUUGCUUAUGGAACAUGUCCCACUCCACUAGCAGGGACAGUCAGGAAGAUGCUGCUGUCAUCCCUUGCCUAGCCCUCUCCAAUUAGUAUUCAGGAAAUUCAGCUGGCCCCAUCUGGGCUAUCCCAAGGGUCCCAGGAUAACCACCACCGUCCCUAACACCCCCCUCCCCAGCCCUGUUGGUACAGCAUAGCAUCCCUGGGAAUGGGAGGGUCUCACAGACUUGCAGCACUGGGCUUCCGGAUCUUAGAUUCCCUUCUGCCUAGUCUGUGAGUGAAUGGGCCUUGCCCAACACUACACCCUAAGGCAGAAGUUAAAAUUGGCACUCUCCUAGCGCUUCCCUGAGCCCUUCUGCACUCUGAUCAUGAUGUCCUGAGGCUGUGGUCAGGAAGGUUGGUUCUGCCGGCAGGCCUGCCUUGAUCUGCCCACUGAGACUCCCUCCCCAACCCCUACGCUGACCCAGGUUUCAGGAGUGGUGUCCUGGGCAGGGCAGCGCAGUGUCAUUUACAGUUUGCUAAUUGGAGGUGACAGUUGGGCUGCCUGCGCAGGUGUGGAGACGGACGCUGCCCAGGCCUGCCGAGCCCUGGCCUACCUCCUGUACUGUGGAUCUCAGACCCUUCUAAUCAUGUGCUGACUCCCCCAAUUCACUUACUGCCUUCCCUGUGGAGGUAACACUAAAUCUGCAAGGCCUAUCCCCUCCUCCACCCUGGCGCCCAUGAGAGCUGCUCCCCCACUCGCCCAGGCAGGGCUGGCCCAAGGUGACCUUGUCCCAAACCCCUCUGUCCUUUUGUGCCAGGUUUACGUGAUGAUCUUUGCUCUGUUUACAGAGAGGCCUGUGGCAGAGCUCUUUGCAGGGCCCCUGCCCAAGGCCUUCUGUUCAGACAUUCUUAUCUGGAAUAAAGUGUGUUUGACUCUCACAAAA